AUGGCGCCUGCCAUUCUUGAAGGAUCAAUGGACGACCAGAACAGCGAUGGCCGCGCCAUCGAGGCCGAGCACGCCAAUGCCUGUGUUGACCAGCUCACCAUGCUCCGGAGCAUGCCAGUAGCCCCGGUCGAGACACAGGUCUGCGUGGUCGGCGCCGGUCCUGCUGGCCUGAUGCUGGCCUCCAACCUGGCGCGGUUUGGCAUAAAAGUGCAGGUCAUCGACGACCGGGCAGAUCAGACACCCGUGGGAAGAGCAGAUGGACUUCAGCCCAAGACGAUCGAGACAUUCCGACAGAUGCGACUCGCCGACCCUCUGAUACAGCGAGGAGUGCGCGUCUACGACAUUGCCUUCUGGCGAUCGACAUCGGACGAGCCACUGCACCGUCUGGGCCGCGAGAUUCACUACCCUCCCGUCAUCGACGUCCUCGACCCCUACAUCCUGCUGGUGCACCAGGGUGUGGUAGAAGCGCUGUUCAUCGAAGACCUCAAGAAGCGCGGGGUCGAGGUCCGGAGAAACACGGCUUUCGAGAACUACAGCGUUUGCGACAACAAGACGGGACCUCUGCAGAUCCACUGCCGGACCAAUGUCACACAGGACAAGCGGACACUGCUGGCUCAGUAUCUGGUUGGAUGUGAUGGCGCCCACUCAAAAGUACGAAAGAGCAUUCCCGAGGCGAAGCCGGUGGGCAUGUCCCAGGCCACCGUCUGGGGUGUCCUCGACGGCGAACUAGACACGGAUUUCCCCGACAUCUGGUCCAAGACCCUCGUUUACUCCCAAGAACACGGCUCCAUCCUGAUUGUACCGAGAGAGCGAAACAUGACCCGUUUCUACAUUGAGCUGAAGAGCGGCGUCAAGAACGCCGAGCGCGCCGCGAGGGAGCUGGGCCAGGACUUUGUCAUGGCGAGAGCCAAGCAGAUCAUGGCCCCCUUCACGGUGAACUGGAAGUACAUCGAGUGGUUCGGACGGUACCAGAUCGGACAGCGCGUCGCCAGCCGCUUCUGCGACGCGCAUACGAGGGCGUUCCUGGCCGGCGAUGCCAGCCAUACGCACUCGCCCAAGGCCGCGCAGGGCAUGAACACGUCGAUGCACGACGGCUGGAACAUUGCCUGGAAGCUCAACUUUUCCGUGCGUGGCUUGGCCAAGCCCGUCCUGAUGGAGACGUACGAGCACGAGCGGAGGAAGAUCGCCCUGGACCUGGUCAACUUUGACUACGAGCACGCCAACCAGAUCGCCGGCGGUGACGCCGUCGCCCUCGCCGAGAACUUCAAGACCAACGUGCGCUUCAUCUCGGGCAUCGGCGCCGAGUACGGCGAGAACCCCAUCAACAUGACCGAGACGCAGAGCUGGGUCAUGGGCGACGCCAAGCCCGGCUGCCUCCUGCCGCCGGCCAAGGUGACGCGGUACCUCGACUCCAACCCGGUCGACGUGCAGCUCGACAUCCCCAUGCUCGGCCAGUUCCGGAUAUACCUGCUCAUGUGGGACGUGCACCAGUCGCGCGUCUUCCUCGAGACCUUCUGCAACGCCAUGGCCUCCCGCAAGUCGCUGGUGAGCCAGCUGUCGCGGGCGGCGGCGGCGUCGUAUGCCGUGCAGCCGAGGCUGCCUGCGCCCGAGGACAUCUACAUCCGGCCCGAGAGGUAUACGGCGGUCAGCCACCUGUUCACCUUUGGACUUAUCACCACGAUGCCCAAGAGCGAGAUCGAGAUCCAGGACCUGCCGCCCCUGCUACAGGACAGCAAGUGGACGUUCUACCUGGACGACUGCCCUGAGCUCGACACCCGCGGCUCCCUGUGCACCAACAAGUGGCUCGGCAGCCUCGGCCCCGGCGAGGUGGCCAUCGUCAACGUGCGUCCCGACGGCUACGUCGGCUCGAUCGGCCGGUGGGACUCGAGCGUCGACGACUCUGGCGAGGCGGCGGCGAGGUGGCUCGACACGUACUACGACCGGUUCAUGCAGGUUCCGCCGGGGCUCGGGACCCCGCCCGUGGUGACGCCGCCGCGUGAGUCCGGGGAGAUGGAGUCGUGA